AUCCAAGACGGGGUCUGAGGCGGAUGGUGGGCGAGCCGUGAGGGCUGUACACGAAGGCACAGGUGCUGUGGGCAUUGUGGUGGGGGCGCCGGGUGGUCCUGGUGAACCCCGUGACCCUGGUGACCCCAGCGACCCCGAAGGCCUGGGCAGUCCCGGAAGUCCCGGCACGGAGGGAGAGGCAGGCGCCGCUUCUGCUGGCGUGCCCCCGAUGGAGCAGGCCCCCCACGCGCCAGGGCCUGAUGGAGCUGCAGCACCGGCGGCUGGAGGUCCUGGGGGCCAACCGCUCCAGAUCGCCCUCACUGUACCUUUCCCAUCGCCCGUGGAGGCGGAGAUUGCCCACUGGUUCCUGACUUCACAUGCUGAACCCCGAGGGCCAGUUCGGCAGGAGCUCGAUGUGAACGGCAGCGUCCUGACUGUCCGAUUGACUGCUGAGGACCCUGGCCAACUCCAAAUGUCCAUCACCUCCUGUCUUGACCAGGUUUCCCGGGUGACUCGGACCAUGCAGCGCGUUGUGCCUCCCUUUUUUGCUAAGCCGCAGCAGGAUAAAGGGGGCUAAACCCAACUGCCUGUCCCGUUCGAGGCACCUCGCUAGGGCACUGAUGCCUGCAGUGGUUGCCACUUUAUGACUAGGGCCUAAUCUUUUGCCUGUACUGGCCCGUGGGUGCUUGGGAUUCAUGUGUUUUGUUUGGUAGUUAAAUGUUUAAUA